CGCCCCGCCGGCCCACGUGAGGCGCUGCCCGCUCGGUCACGGGGGCGGGGUGGGGCCGCGGAAAGUUUGGAAGCGGCCGGGGCAGGCGCCCCGCCAGCAUGGAGGUGCCCGCGGUGAACCUCAAGGCAAUCGUUCUGGUGCACUGGCUGCUCACGACAUGGGGAUGCUUGCUGUUUCCGGACUCCUACACAUGGGGAAACUUCACCGUCCUGGCAGUGGGGGUUUGGGCAAUUGCUCAGCGGGAUUCCAUCGAUGCAAUAAUCAUGUUCCUGAUUGGCCUGUUGAUCACGAUCCUCCUGGACAUCAUUAACAUCAGCCUCUUCUAUCCCCGGGAUAGGUCUCUAAGUGACCUGCAGCGCUUCAGUUCGGGCAUGGCCAUCUUCAGCCUCCUCCUCAAACCCCUGUCAUGCCUCUUUGUCUAUCAGAUGUACCGGGAGCGUGGGGGAGAGUACAUCGUCAACCUAGGUAGGAGGCCACACAUCCAGUUCCUGUUGUCGGUCUGGGCUUAUCCUGCCUUCUGGAUCCUUCAUGCCGGCUCUCGGUCUGGGAUACGCACAGCUGGAUUCUGCCUGUCCUAAGCUGGAGUCCUCGCCCGACAGCUGUGACGGUUUCCUCAGCGUGGGCCGGGAUCGCAGCUCAUACCAGUCGAUUGAUCAGCACGAUGCGCCUUGCCCGUACCCUGAUCUGGACAGCAAGCCAGCCCCACAUCCCUUCUGAGGCUCCCCCCCCACUUUGCCAGAAACAGAGAGCAGGAUCUCACUGAUGUCCCCCACCCAGCAACAAAUUAAAAACUACUCCUCACUAUUUUCCCCCCCUAUUGGAGUAGGCUCUAAAAUGAGCAAGCAGCAGAGGAUCUAAUUUUACUCUCCUCCCUUUGAACAUCCAUCCCUCCCUGAAGGUGUGUAGGUGGAUUGGGUCCUGCAGUCAGUUCAGAAUGUCCCAGAGAAGUCAGUUUAAGAACCAUAGGUCUGUCUAACCUACCAUGCCCUGCCCCACAAUGUCACUAUUGUCUGAGUAAUUGGAAGAACCUUCCCUGUGGUCUCCCAGAUCCUAUGCUCUGCAGCUUCUGCAUCACCGAUACACCUCGCUACCCAAGAUGUUCAUGAAGAAGCUGGUUUAAAAGGCUCUUUGAAAUGUCCAUCUGAUUGGGCAGCAGUCUACUGAGUCAGUGGGGGUGACCUUGGUCAUAUGGAUAAAUCUCACAAGUGAUGGCCACUGGAGUUCACAGACACUCUCCUGGUUCAGUAAGGUGUGGUGGAUGCGCAUAAAGUUGUGUUCAUGCGAGUAACUGCCCAGGCUAGCUGAGAGUAAUUGCACACAGCUGGGCUGAGAGAAGGUGGGUCUGCAGGGCCAAUGAGUUCUUAUUCUCCCUCUGCCUAGUCUUGGGUUUUCAUUUGUUGUUUGUAUGCAGGUGCCAAGUCCACAAGGACACUGUGUGAUGACUGUUAUUUGUGCGUUGUAAAUAUGUGCCUUAAAACACACUCUUUGCCUUCACUUGGCAUCUAAAUAGAACUAAUUUUUUUCUAAAAUAAAAUGAGCACCUUAGCGCUGACA